GAUGCAAGGUGUCGUGGAGUAAGCGGAAGGGCCUGAGAGUUACUCACCCGCGUCUGGGCCAGCUAAAGGUGUGGAAGGAGUUCCAACACUGGGCCCGGGUCAAUCAGAUCGGAUUCAGUCAAGGAUCCUUAGGACUCCCUCAUGUGGGACUCCCCAAUCCCUCGUCACGCUCGGAGCCCGCUAUUCACGCCGAUUCCUGGUGUACGGGUUUUAAAAAGGAGGUGAUUGAAGCGUUAGAAGGUUUCCGUAAGGGAGUUGUAGAUCCAAAGGACCUAGAAGAAGUCUUGCCACCGCCAAUUCAGGAGGAGGAAGAGCUCGUGUUGAGCGCGCCACUUGAGGAGGAGGAGGAGGUCAUCGAACCCAUAACCCCAGAUAGGUUCAGGACGAUCCUUGCCGCACUUGAAGGGACGGAGUCUGCUACGUCAGAUCGAAGAGGUGAUUUUGAGGGCAGGUUCGUGUUAGGCACCGUUGAGUUGUGGAAGGGACCCCCACGCGAUCCAAAGGGAAAGGACAACCCCUCCAAUCCUAGCUGGGAUUCUGCGGAUGUUGUGAGCAUCGUCCACGAGGUGCAAGCCUUUGACCCAAGACGCUACCACGCUGUGCGUAAGAACCCGGACUGGGUGAUCGUGGGUUAUUCGCCAUUAGGGGUACAUAAGCUUGGUGAGGACGAUAGGCCAGAUCCCCCACUUCCCAACCUAGGAGUGCGCACUGAAGGCGGUCAGGCCACACCUGAGGAGGAGCCACCCGAAGUUGCUCACGUUGAAGACACCUAUUAUCAUGGGUACUGGGAAGACGAGUGGAUUCCUAGCACAGGACCCACAGCCGCGUCGAGUUCCACGCAGCCACCCCACAUGAGUACCUUUGAUCCUUGGGAGCAUGAGUGGACCUCACAACCGACUUCUCCACACGUCGCCCCGCCGGAUGAGAUUGACCCUAGCACUGCUGCCUCUGACCCCUAUGAGCCACCACCGUGGCUGCAAGCCGCGAGAACAGAGCCAGGUUAUGAAGCCACCGGGCUUGGAUCCACCCAAUCCCAGGGAUCCACGGAUCCGUAUGGUACAGGCGUGUCAAGUAUCUCCGUUAGAGGUAUUUUCCGCGGCAACAGACAGGCAGCUAAGGUGAUAGAUGCGUCCUUUACUUCCAAUGUCGAGGAGCUUCUGGCAGAGCUAAAGGGGCCGUUGGAAGUAGUACAUCAGGUUUCACCGGCCGAGGUGCAGCACUGCCCGGGGGAGUGGCAGCUAGCAGAUGCGCUAACCAAAGCCUUGCCAGCUCCAAGGCAGUGUAUACGCUCCGAAGCACGAAUAGCCGCUGUUAGGAGGUACGAGCUGAAGAUGAGCUACCCGCACCGGAGUAUCCUCACAGUCUUCAUCUUCGACCGCUCCACAUCGACCAACUUGGACUUUGGUCCGACCACCUACUCCUCCGAUUCCCGA